CGGACACAAACGCUAGGUUCCGUACUUCACUCGAGCUCCUCCUCAUUCUCGAAAUGGAAUCAUUGUUUCUUAUUUUCGUAAUACUUCUGGAGAGAAAGUCUGUGGAAUCUGCAGAGAGUGUGAGGCUGGUGAAUGGCGGCAGCCGAUGUGCCGGGACAGUGGAGGUUUACCACGAUGGACAAUGGGGCACAGUGGAUGGCUCUGGCUCUGGUGACUCUGGUUGGGAUAUGCUGGACGCGGCUGUGGUGUGUAAGGAGUUGGGCUGUGGAGCCGCGCUGUCAGCCUCAGGAGACGCUCACUUUGGGAUGGGCUCUGGUCACAUUAUAACGUAUAAUGUUCGGUGCAAAGGGAGUGAGUAUGCUCUAAGAUAUUGUUCCGCAGCGACCUGGCGUCACUAUUAUUGGUCACACUCCUCUGAUGCCGGCGUCAUCUGCUCAGAUCGUUUGAGGCUGGUGAAUGGCGGUAGCCCGUGUGCCGGGAGAGUGGAGGUUUACCACGAUGGACAGUGGGGCACAGUGGAUGGCUAUGGUUGGGAUAUGUUGGACGCGGCUGUGUUGUGUAAGGAGUUGGGCUGUGGAGCCGCGCUGUCAGCAUCAGGAGACGCUCACUUUGGCGAAGGCUCAGGUCCCGUUGUGACGUGGAGUGUCCGGUGCAGAGGGAGUGAGUCUACACUGAGGGGUUGUCGGUCACAUCCCUGGGCUGUUGGCUAUUCCUGGCCACACUCCUAUGAUGCCGGCGUCAUCUGUUCAGGAGGUAACCCACCCAAACUGGUGAAUGGAGACAGCCGGUGUGUGGGGAGAGUUGAGCUGUACUACUAUGACACUUGGAGAACAGUUUGUGGCGAGACGCUGAACAUGGAGAUGGCAGGAUAUAUUUGUAACUAUUUGGGAUGUGGAUUUGCUGUAUCAGUCUCAAGUAAGGCUCGCUUUGGAGAAGGAUCGGGGUCUGUGGUUGGUCGGCCUGACUGCGGACACGGGCAGGACGGUGGCAUAUUCUGUUCAGGUAUAGACCACAACUGCAACAACGUGCCAUUGAUACGGGUGGAGUGUAGGGCCAAUCAAAUUUAAUUUGGGGAUUGUUGGCAAUGGCAACAGAAAAAGAAUCCCUUCGGUUAUUGAAUAUCGUCAUGAGAUUUGUUACCACUACCUG